AAUUGCCGUCAGUAAUUAAACAAGUGCUAUUUAACCAAUUUUGCGUGCAAAUACCGUGUUCCAUAAUAAUGCAUCCUUUCGUAUAUGUUCGAGGUAGUAUUGAUGAUGAUUACGUGCGACCCAUUCCAUCAACAUCCAGAUUACUUCUUGACUUUAUUGUAUUCGAGAUAACGAGAGAAAUUACCUUCUAUUACAUUCAUCGUUUAUUACAUCAUCCACGUUUCUACAAAAAGUAUCACAAAAUGCAUCAUGAAUUCACAGCUCCCAUGGCAAUAACGGGACAGUAUUGCCAUCCAGUUGAACAUUUGACGACAAACAUUUUGCCAGCAGUUAUUGGACCUUUUCUAAUGGCUUCAAAUGUGAUAUCUGUAGCGAUUUGGUAUGUGCACUCGACAUUUCGAACAGUCAACGAUCACAGCGGUUACAAAUUUCCUUUUCUGAUUUACAAUUCAGAGCAACACGAUUUUCAUCAUAUGAGAUUCACAAGUUGUUUCGGAAUAAUUGGAAUUAUGGAUUGGAUUCAUGGAACAGACGCCAGCUUUAAAGAAUAUAAAAACAAGAAAAGAUGAUUCAUACAAAG